AAAACAAAAAUUAUACGUUGCACCGGUUUCAAUAAAAGAUUUGUAAUUUUUGAUAUUUGUACUAUUUUUGCGUUACUGUAAGAAAUUUUAGCUUAUCAUCUUAUAGAAAUAUGAUUCAAUUAUAAAUACGCUUUUUCAAAUCAGGUACUAUGUCAGAAGUGACUCAAGAAAGUGGCGGCAGAGUUAAGGGUGUUACAAUAUUGAAGCCUAUAGUCUAUGGCAAUAUAGCUCGAUAUUUCGGCAAGAAGAGGGAGGAAGAUGGCCACACUCACCAGUGGACAGUGUAUCUGAAACCAUUUAAAAAUGAGGAUAUGACAACCUAUGUGAAAAAAGUGACAUUUAAACUUCAUGAAAGUUAUCCAAAUCCCACAAGAGUUGUUUUGAAGCCACCAUAUGAAGUUACAGAGACAGGUUGGGGAGAAUUUGAAGUCAUCAUCAAAAUAUACUUUAAUGAUCCCCAUGAGAGACCAGUGACAGUGUACCAUUUGUUAAAACUGUUCCAGAGUGAGACAGAUAUUAUGCUGGGAAAGAAAUCAUUGGUCUCGGAGUUCUACGAUGAACUGGUGUUCAAUGACCCAACAAUAAUGAUGCAGCAUCUUUUAAAUGGAACCAGAUCUCUGUCAAUAGGAGCUUAUAAACAUGAUACUGACUUUGAAGAGAAGAAAGAGAAGACCGUAAUCAAAAUCGAGAACGCGAAGAAGAAAAUCCGCUACGAAAUUACAGAACUUAAUGAGAGACUUAAACAAAAGAAACAGACUAUACAAAAAUUAAAAGACGAAAUAUCCAAGCUUGAAACGCCUGCCACAGAAAUUAUGACACCUGAGAUAGUGACUUAAAUAAAAAAACUUAGCCUGUAAUUAUUUUGAGAUGAAUAAUUUCACAAGAUACUGUAGUGUCUGAAUUUGAGUGAAAUUCAGGCUGUAAACAUAAUAAAAACUCAGCAGGAAAUAAAAGGGAUUUGUAGAAUUGGAGCGUAAUAUCGGCACAGUGUUAAAGGUUAGGUGAAAUAUUGACUUGAUAACUGAUUAUGAAUUGAAGUGUAACAUUGACUUCAUAUGACAGCCUGAUGAAGUGUAACAUUGACUUAAUAUGACAGCCUAUUUAAGUGUAACAUUGACUUAAUAUGACAGCCUGAUGAAGUGUAACAUUGACUUAAUAUGACAGCCUAUUUAAGUGUAACAUUGACUUAAUAUGACAGUCUGAAAUGAAAGUAGUUCUGACGUGAUGAUGCAAUUGUGGCAGCCUGAAAUGAAGUGACUUAAAAACUAGACAUGAAAUACAAUGUAACUUUUAAUAUGAAAACUGGACUUUAAAUGAAAAACUUUAUUGUAACAUGCGAAGAAAAAAACAAAUUUGAAUGUGAAUUUGAGACAAAUCAGAAGUUAAAAAUUUGGAUAAGGCUUAUAAGUAAGAUUUUGUUCAUAGUCAAAAUAGCCUGUGUUAAACAAGAAUAUGCCCUUCAAGUAUUUUGAAAACAGAGAUGCUGAAAUUUUCAUUGAUUUCUCUGAAAAAUGGUUUUGUACAAUUUUUAAUUGUACAAGAGGGAUUCUUUACAAACUUGAAUAUUACAAAAAAGAAGAUU